GCGUGGUUGAAUGUAAAAGGAUAAGAAGAUGCCUGCUAUUCUAGUCGCGUCCAAGAUGAAGUCGGGAUUGCCCAAACCUGUGCAUGCUACCGCGCUACCAAUUCCAGCUAGGGUAGCAGCCCAACAGAAUGGACCACUGAAGCCCACGCAGCCCAGCCUCAUCCCCUUGAAGUCUCCCAUCUACAGACAGCAAAGUCAAGGCACUGCAACUUUACAGAAAAAGUACCAGAAUGCCAAAGACACAUCAGGAGACCCUCAGAUUUAUACAGAUUGGGCCAACCACUACCUAGCCAAGUCCGGACACACACGCCUGAUUAAAGACCUCCAACAGGAUGUUGCCGAUGGCGUUUUGUUGGCAGAAAUCAUUCAGGUUGUAGCAAAUGAGAAGAUUGCCGAUAUCAACGGAUUCCCAGAGAGUCGCUCUCAAAUGAUUGAGAACAUUGAUACCUGUCUGUGCUUCCUGGCUGCUAAAGGAGUGAAUAUUAAGGGACUUUGUGCCGAAGAGAUCCGCAAUGGCAAUCUGAAAGCCAUUUUAGGCCUUUUCUUCAUUCUGUCACGCUUCAGGCAGCAGCAGCAGCAGACUUUGAAACAGACCUCCAGCAAUGUUCAGAUGCUCCAGAACAACAGGGCCCACCGAUGCGCCAGUCCUGCCCUGCCUCCUCACACUUCUCCCUGGAGCUCUCCCUGUCCUUCUCCUAUCCAGCAACACUACACCUCCUCCCCAUGUGCACAGAAAACACACACAGACCUGCAGUCCAGUCAUCCAUCAAAAGGCUCUGAUCAGAAAAAAGCUGUGAGACUCUCAGUUGCUCAGAAAAAGAACACUAGGCUUCAGAGCCCCUCUGUGAGGGCGGCUGGAACGGGCGCAGAGAGUAAACCUCGAACCUCAAACACCAACAGACGCAGCCAAAGCUUCAACCAAUGUGACCGAUUAAAGCCGCCAAUCUCUGCCUACGCUCAUGAAAGAGAGAAAACAACCUCAUCACCAAUAAUGGUUGAUCAUGGACCAAUCAGCUCUUCCAUUCCUCCACCCAGCUGCACCAGCACCACAACUUCCACCUCUAAACCCUGGAGAAGCAAGUCGCUCAGCGCUAAACACACUGCUACAUCCUCCAUGGUCACGGUUAAACAACCAGCUCCAGAUUCUCUCGAGGUUCCUCCUAAGGUGAUUGCCCAGAAGUCCAUGCUGGAAAAGCUCAAGCUCUUCAACAGCAAAACGGGUUCCAGAGCCUCCAAGGUUGUCAGUACAGACGAUGUGGAUGAUGUUGAACCAGAAGGCGGCCAGAUUUGCCCCAUCCACCCUGGAAACCAAUGGCCUGUCACCCCCAGCAGUUCUGGCAGCUCAAGUCCUAAGCUAGCUCUGAAAGGCUUUGCACAGUUGACGCUUGGAAAAUCUUUGGCGCCGAAAACAACCUCGGCAAAAGCGUCUGAAAACCUUAAAGAGAAGUCAAAGCCUAAAGAGAAAGAAAAGCUCAAACAGCUGCCUGUUACAGAACCCAAACACCUUAAAGGAGACACAAAAACUGACGGACUUGUUGUACUAGAGUCUAAGAAGGCUGUUCCCAAAGGAAACAAAGUAAAAAAAGACAAUGCAAAAUCAGCCAUGAGUGGAAUUCCCAAACCAAGCCAAGGAGGAAAGGGUUCAGCUGCAAAUAAGACUGUAGCGUCGCCCCCUUGUGGUGCGGAGGCAGAGCGGUUACGGACCACGAAGAUAGGAGGUCUGUCUGUGCAUAAAGGGCAGAAAGAUGACAGAAACUAUAGCUUUACAUCUAGCUUAGCAUUUUCAGAUGGGAAAAGUUGCCAAGAUCUCACCCUUGGUGCGCAGACCCACUCAACAACCAGCAAUAUGGUCAGUGUGCAACUUCCACAGCUCCAGCAACAAUACAGCCAUCCCAACAUGGCCACUGUCGCCCCAUUCAUGUACAGGUCUCAAACUGAAAUUGAUAGGACUGGGCUAGUGACAGGAGUGGAGGAAAGGAGGGUACGAACAGGCCUGUGCAGCAAAUCAAUCCAUACUUCUCUUGAGAACCUGACAGGUGAGGACUCCGAAACCAAGAGGCUACGUACUGCGAAAAACAUUGCUGAUCUGAGGCAAAACCUUGAGGAAACCAUGUCCAGUUUGAGGGGGACGACACAUAUCAGUCACAGCACUCUUGAGACCACCUUUGACAGCACAGUAACCACAGAGGUCAAUGAGAGGGCCUUGCUUACCCUCAGUUCCCGCCCUGCUUCUGCAUUGCCCUGGCGGCUGGGCUCAUCCAGCCCUCGUCUACAAGCUGGUGAUGCCCCCUCUUCAGGAAACACGUUCGUACACCACGGCAGUGGCUGUGAGCGGCACACACACAGACAUCAGACCUGCACACACAACGGAGUCGUCUGCGGCCUUGAGCUCUCAGAGAAGGUGGAGGAUCUGGAGGGCGUCGCCAUGGAAACGGCAGGGUACAUGAGUGAUGGAGACGUCCUGGGCAAGAGCAUGAGGGUGGAUGGUGUUUCCAGUGGCUACAUGACUGACGGAGGUCUCAACCUAUACUCCCGGAGGGUUAACUGGGUCUCGGAUGGCAUGAACUCCGUGAGAGGGACCGUUCACCACUUUAAUCCCAAGAGUCAAGAAGACACUGAUAGUUGGGACGACAGCAGCUCAGUCAGCAGCGGGAUCAGUGACACCUUGGACACAGAUGACCUCAACACCAGCUCGUCCCUUAGCUCCUACGUCAACACCCCAUCUGUCCCACACAGAGACGUAGAUGAACAGCUCCAGACGGAUGCAGAGAAGCACUCUGCAGUGAAACACAACCCCAACUGGUCCAACAACGACCUUAAACGUUCAGAAGGCUGCUCUAACGGUGGCAUCAAAAUGGAGACCACAACCAAAUGGAACCACAGGUCUUCAGAUUUCUCAGAUGAAUCAGAACGGAGCUUGAUGGGUCGCAAGACUCCUACCAUCUCCCAGACGGGCUCUUGGAGGCGGGGAAUGACCGCUCAGGUGGCCGUCACUUCCCCACGGACGAAGGCAACAACACCUACAAACUGCAGCUCACUCAAGGCACAUGUCCGUGUCGUUGAUCAUCCCACAAGUAAGACCGACGAUGCUAAGGUGUCAGAGAAAGGCCGCUCCAACGGCACUCAUUCCUCAAGUGUUGAUGACACCAAGAAACCUCCACUCAAUUCAACCGUACGCACCCCGACCAGUACUUUUGGCUUCAAGAAGGCUCCGGGCGCAAUGGGGACAAUAACCACGAGUGGUGCUGUGGUAACUAGCGGCUCCGCUACAUUGGGCAAGAUACCAAAAUCGGUCGGAUUUUCUGGGAGUCGAAUUGUGUGUCCGCAGACGGCUCUUGAUGAUGGAUACCUUCCUCCAAGUGCUCGGACAACUCUUCAGUAUCGCAGUUUACCGAGACCUAGCCGUACCGGCACCGCUCGCUGUUCUAACCGCACUAACAUCUCGAGUCUUGAUGCUAAUUUUUGCAAUAAGGGUACUGCCACACUUCCCAACCCUAAGAGUCGCAACUUAGUCAAGUCCCCAAUGGGAACUACUAACCAGACGGACCGAGAGAAGGGUAUAUUUUCCGAUGUGGAGAGCCAGGUACUUAAGACUAGCGCAACUACCCAGACGGGGAUGCCAACUCAGUGCCAAGCUGGAAGGCAAACAGGAGGAAAGUAUUCAGAAAUGUCCUCGCCAACCCUUCGUAGACUCUUUGGUAGCAAAUCUUGCAAUAAGCAAUCUCCGGUCACCACCAUGGAGAACAUGAAGAACUCCACCAUCAUCUCCAAUCCCCAUACCAAGUCCAUCCAGCAGAAUGGUUGUCUGGAGACGCCAUCUGUCACCAGCGGAGGCAGCGGUCCAGUUUACAGUGACAAUCUGACGGUGCCCUCUGGAGGUCAUGGAGAGCAGACGCUUUCUUCUGUGGCCUCCAGCCCAGGAUCGGCUUUCUUUCCUUGGGGAGGCAGGGAUGGAUUGGGCUUCCCUUGUCAAAGCUCCAACCACACCAGUAGUGACUCUAUAAAUGUUUCCUUGGGAAAGGAAGGUUUAUGUCUUAAUCGGACCAACAGUGCUAGAACUGGCCUCUCAGACAGGUAUACCCAUGGGCCUCAGGUCAGAGGUCACGAGGAGGCCCGUGAUUGGCUGUGUUCCCCCUCAGCUGUUGGCCUCUCAGAUUCAACCCCCUACACCCCUGCCUCUACACUCAGCUCGCCCUCCGGCACACGCUUCAACUUUAGCACACUUGGCAGUCCCACCACUGCUUCACAGAUGGCAACUUUGCGCGGGACCAAUGGUCAGGGAAAUCACGACGGCCCAUAUGACCCCUACAGUGACCCACGUCUGAGGAAUUCCUCAAUGAACCUGGAGGAAAAGAGCCGCACUAUGAGCAGCUCCGGAUCGUUCCGUGAGUGCCUGGAAGAAGUUCAUGGCUCCUCUUUGUCUCUGGUCUCUAGCACGUCAUCCGUUUACUCUACGCCUGAAGAAAAGGCUCAGACAGAGAUCCGUAAGCUUCGGAGAGAACUGGACUCAUCACAGGAGAAGGUCUCGGCUCUCACAACACAGCUCAGUGCCAACUCUCACCUUGUGGCGGCUUUUGAGCAGAGUUUAGGAAACAUGACCAUCCGGCUGCAGAGUCUGACGACGACAGCGGAACAGAAGGACACAGAGCUGAGUGACUUGAGGAAGAACAUUGAGCUCCUUCAGAAGCAGAACUCGGCGACUCAAGCCACAAUCAAUGGAGUCAUUAACACACCAGACCCAACAUUAACAAACCGCAAGGUUUCUCUAGACUCUGUUAGCGGGUCGCCUCAGUCCCGGCGGGAGUUGCGGAUCCACAGGCAGCCUUCCUCGGACAGCGUCUCCAGCAUGACCAGCGCCACCAGCCACUCCAGCAUCGGCAGCAACCUGGAGCUCGACGCUAAGAACAAGAAGAAGAAGAAGAACUGGCUGCGGAGCUCCUUUAAACAAGCGUUCGGGAAGAAAAAGUCUCCCAAAUCGGCAUCCUCUCACUCGGACAUUGAAGAGAUGACGGACUCUUCUCUGCCAUCUUCACCCAAACUUCCAUAUAGCGGAUCGACAGCCUCUUCUCCCAUGAUACGCAAAUCCCACUCCAACUCUCUUCCUCAACUGUCCUCCCUGCCUGCACAUGGGCCUGUCUGGGGCUGUAGCAGCAAGACCAUGAGGUCUGCCUCACUGGCACGGAUCUCUGAGUGUACGGACAGUGAGGCUGAAACAGUCAUGCAGUUGCGCAGUGAUCUGCGUGAUAAAGAAAUGAAACUUACAGACAUCAGAUUGGAGGCUUUAAGCUCUGCCCACCAACUGGACCAGCUUCGCGAAUCCAUGAACCGCAUGCAAAUUGAGAUCGAAAGGCUAAAAGUGGAAAAUGACCGAUUAAAGAUUGAGAGCCGAGGAAGCGGUAACAGAGCUCCUUCUCAGAUGUCCAUCUCCCCUUCAUCUGUGGGCCUUUCCUCUCAACUUAGCCUCACAGAAUCCACAAGCCUAGAUAUGUUGCUAGAAGAUAGUGGAGAUGGAAGUUCCUGGAAAGAGGGACAGCAUGUGAAGGUUGUGGUCAGUCUGGAGAAGGAUCCAGACUGGAAAGAGGAGUGUAGACCCUCUCAGUUCCUGCUGGGCUGCAUUGGUGUCAGUGGAAAAACCAAAUGGGACGUACUAGAUGGGGUAGUCAGACGCCUUUUUAAGGAAUAUAUCAUCUGUGUAGACCCUGUCACACAGUUGGGCUUGAACACUGACAGUGUGAUGGAGUACAGCAUUGGAGACAUCCAUCGCGCCAGUGAUGCAGAUACACCAGAACUCCUGCCCUGCGGUUAUCUUGUGGGAGAAAGCGAUACCAUCUCUGUCAAGCUGAAAGACUUGUCUGACAGCAGUCUGGACAGUUUGGCAUUCGAGACGCUCAUUCCAAAGCCGGUUCUGCAGCGAUACAUCUCUCAGCUUGAGGAGCACAGACGAAUCAUCUUUUCAGGGCCCUCUGGCACAGGGAAGAGCUUUCUGGCCAGCAGACUAGCCGAGUACAUGGUCCGAAAAGAGGGAAAACAUCUGGAGCAUCAAGCAAUCGCCACCUUCAAUGUUGAUAACAAAACUACUAAGGAGCUGAAGCAGUACUUGUCGAACCUGGCGGACCAGUGUAAAAACAGUGAACCGGCUGUGGACAUGCCUGUGGUGCUCAUACUGGAUAACCUUCACCAUGUCAGUUCGCUGGCCGAGAUUUUCAACGGGCUGCUCAACUGCAAAAACCACCAGUGUCCAUGCAUCAUUGGAACCAUGAAUCAAACCCCAUCACCCACUCCAAAUCUACAUCUUCAUCAUAAUUUCAGAUGGGUUUUAUGUGCCAAUCAUACUGAACCAGUGAAAGGUUUUCUGGGUCGAUUCCUGCGGCGGAGGCUUCUAGAAACCGAGAUCAGCAGUCGUGUGAGGAACGGCGAACUAGUUAAAAUUAUAGAGUGGAUCCCGUGUGUUUGGCAUAAUCUCAACCGCUUUCUGGAAACACAUAGUUCUUCUGAUGUCACAAUUGGUCCUCGGCUCUUUCUGUCCUGCCCAAUGGAUGUAGAAGGCUCAAGAGUGUGGUUCACCGAUCUGUGGAACUACUCCAUCAUUCCUUACAUGCUCGAGGCUGUGAGAGAAGGGCUACAGAUGUAUGGGCGCAAGGCAGCAUGGGAAGACCCGGCGAAGUGGGUGAUGGAGAGCUUCCCUUGGGUGGCAAGUCCACAACAACACGAAUGGCAUUCCCUGCUGCGACUUCGGCCAGAGGACGUAGGGUUCGACGGGUACAAUAUAUCUCAGGAGGGCAGUCCAGGCAAACAACCUGCUCAGGGAAAAUCAGAAGAAGACCCACUGAUGAAUAUGUUAAUGAGGCUGAAGGAGACGGCCCACUGCACUGGAACGGAGAGCUAUGAUAGUGAUUCCACCAGCAACAGUCUUGGUGACUCUUCACUAGAAUCUACACUGUGAAAACACUUUCAAAUGUUAAAUUACGAAAUGGAGACUUUUUAAUAUCAGAUCCGGCUUUCUGUGAAUCUACAGGGUGCUGGAAACCUGCAGAACAGGGUGCUGGAAACCCGGAAAAAUCAUCAUUGCUCAGUAAGACACUUAUCGAGGGAAAACAUGCUCAAGAGCUUCAGAGAGCAUUAUUUCCUCAAAUGGACUGUAGAUGGCGGUAUAAGUCUGUUCAAUAAGGAGAACAACCUAGUUCAAAUUGAACACUGGUACCAAGUCACAUUUAUUUUCUUUCAUAUUAUACUUUCUAAAAGGAUCUCAUGUUGCCUGACUUUAAUGCACUAGUGAACUUCUUUGGUGCUGAACUUGAGAACAAUGCCUUACAAUUUUUGUGUAAUAGGUUGAAAUGGGCUUGCGUAUGUCUUAGAUUUCUACCUUUCUACAAAUACAAAUAAUGCAAGGACAUUAUAGCCUUCAAAUGAUGCACUAUCUGUGGGACCUAACAGAGAUAUAUAGU